UUUGGCGCGAGCUCACGCCGAGGAUGUCCAUGGCGACGACGCCGGCGACCCUGCCCAAGUCGGGGGCGGUCUCCAAGGGCUACAACUUCGCGUACGCGUGGGAGAAGAACGCGCCGCUCACGGAGCAGCAGAAUGCCGCCAUCUCCGCGCUCUCGCACGCCGUCGCCGAGCGGCCGUUCCCGGCCAAUCUGGAAGAUGGAGCUACGACAAUACCAGAAAAAGAGUCUGCUUUGGAGGAGGCGGGUGCAAUGGAUGCGGUCCUGGUAAAUACACAUCAGUUCUACAAAUGGUUUGCUGAACUGGAAUCUGCUAUGAAAUCUGAGACGGAGGAAAAGUAUCGCCUCUACGAGAGUACAUUAGAGGAACGUGUUAACACAUGUGAUGGUAUCCUUAAACAAGUCGAUGACACACUGAACUUAUUUGAAGAACUGCAAUCCUUGCACUCCAGCGUUGCCAUAAAGACAAAAAUUUUGCAUGAUGCUUGCGACCAACUUUUGGUGGAGAAACAGAGGCUCAUCGAGUUCGCUGAAGCACUCCGAAGUAGGUUAAACUACUUUGAUGAAUUGGAAAAUGCCUCUACUAGCUUUUAUUCUCAGACUAUGAACAUUGGAAAUGAACAGUUUCUCCCACUGUUGAAGCGGCUUGAUGAUUGUAUCUCAUAUGUUGAAAAUAAUCCACAAUAUGCUGAAUCUGCUGUUUACUUGGUGAAGUUCCGCCAACUUCAGUCUCGGGCAUUAGGUAUGAUCCGGUCACAUGUCCUGUCAACACUGAAAGCUGCAUCAGCCCAGGUUCAAGCUGCAAUCCGGGGCAGUGGUUCUGGCAAAAAUGCUGUUACGGAGGGUGUCGAAGCAUCUCUUAUCUAUGUCCGUUUCAAGGCAGCAGCCGGGGAGCUAAAACCAAUUUUCGAUGAGAUUGAAAGUAGAUCUGCUAAGAAAGAAUAUGCACAGAUUCUUUCAGAGUGUCACAGUUUGUUUUGUGAGCAGAGGCUGCACCUGAUACGAGGCAUGGUGCAGCAAAGUAUUUCUGAGUUUGCUAAAAAUGAGGCCUUACCUUCUUUAACAAGGUCUGGUUGUGCCUAUUUAAUGGAGGCAUGCCAGCUUGAGCACCAGCUUUUUGCUCAUUUCUUCCCAGCAUCCGCAUCGGAUGUUUCAAGUAUGGCCCCUUUAAUGGAUCCAUUGUGCACACACUUGUAUGAUACUCUGAGGCCUAGACUAAUAUAUGAAGGAAACAUUGAUUCUCUCUGUGAACUCGUCAACAUUCUGAAGGCUGAAGUGUUGGCGGAGCAACUGAGUAGACCUGAGGAUUCAGUAGCUGGGCUGCGUCCAAUAUUUCAGAGGAUACUUGCAGAUGUUCAUGAGCGGUUGGCAUUUUGUGCUCGGACUCAUAUUCGUGAGGAGAUUGCAAACUUUCGCCCUUCUGAUGAAGAUCUGGAUUAUCCUGGAAAACUUGAGAGAUCAGCAACUUCAAGUGCUAAUGUUAGUGACAACCCAGACAUGUAUGCAAGCUGGUACAGACCAUUGGAGAAAACAGUUUCGUGCCUAUCAAAGCUAUAUCGCUGCUUAGAAUCUUCGGUUUUUACUGGUUUAGCCCAGGAAGCUUUAGAAGUUUGCUCAACAUCCCUUCAGAAUGCAAGCAAGGUCAUUACAAAAAGAGCAAGCCCCAUGGAUGGACAGCUUUUCCUGAUUAAGCACCUGCUCAUUUUAAGGGAACAGAUUGCGCCAUUUGAUAUAGAGUUCUCUGUCACACAUAAGGAGCUGGAUUUCUCCCAUUUGCUGGAUCACUUAAGAAGGAUUCUCAGGGGUCAGGUCUCACUAUUUGACUGGUCAAGGUCAACAUCACUUGCUAGGACCUUUUCUCCUCGUGUUUUGGAGAGCCAAAUUGACGCCAGAAAAGAGCUGGAGAAAAGCCUUAAAUCUACCUGUGAAGAGUUCAUAAUGUCCAUCACUAAACUAGUAGUGGACCCAAUGCUUUCUUUUGUUACUAAGGUAACUGCUGUCAAAGUUGCAUUGUCCUCAGGUAGCCAGGGGCAGAAAUUGGAUUCUGUUCUAGCAAAACCCCUUAAGACACAAGCAUUUGCCUCACCUGAUAAAGUUGCAGAGCUCAUUCAAAAGGUUGGGACUGCUAUUCAAGAAGACCUUCCCAAAGUAAUGAUCAAGAUGAGGUUGUAUUUGCAAAAUCCAUCGACGAGAUUAAUUUUAUUCAAACCCAUCAAGACAAAUAUAGUUGAGGCUCAUAUACAGCUGCAAUCCCUUGUGAAGUCAGAGUACUCAGCUGACGAGAUUCAGUCUAUGGGUAUGCUGUCCAUAUCCGAUCUACAGUCUCAACUCGACAGUCUGAUGUAGCCCGUAGCUUUUUGUCUGUUUUAUUAGGGUGUUCUUAAGUCUCGGAAAUUCACUCUAUUAAUGUGCUAGAGUGAUGUCGUUUUUCAUUUUACAACUAAAUGUAACUAUAGUUGUGUAUUACACCAUCGACCAUGGUGUGGCUAAUAAAAGGUGUUGUUCAUUAUGUAUUUA